CCUCUCCAGUCUCCGCCCGCGCGUUGCCAGAGCCGGGCAGCAGCUGAGGCGUCUCCUGCGCCUCGACUUCUUCUCGCCGGGAGCCGGAGAACCGAGAGCCGGGCUCUCUUCUCGCCUUCGUCCCGGGAGCCCCCGGGAGCCGCCACCAUGCCCCGCGCCGCCCCGCUCCUCCUGCUGCUCCUCAGCCUGGCCCAGCGCCGCGCCUGUCUCGCCGGGCCGACCGCCGCCGCCGCGCCCCUCGACAGCCCCGCCGACCCCUGCCUCAGCCAGCCCUGCCGGAACAACGGCACCUGCUCCUCGGCGCUGGCCAAGCUGCCCGCCGUGCCUCACCGCCUGCCGCUGCUUUUCCUCUCGCCUCAGCCUGCCUAUAGCUGCGCCUGCCCGCCGGGGGUCACCGGCAGCGACUGCCAGUUUGUUUCAGAUCCAUGUGCCAGCAAUCCCUGUCACCAUGGCAACUGCAGCAGUAACGCUGGUGGAUAUCUCUGUGUUUGUAAUGAAGGCUACGAAGGUACAAACUGUGAGCACUCGUUUUACAGUCCUCCCGUCUCUGGCUGGACAGAGUCAGAGGCACCAAUCCAAAACAGGCCAGUAUUGGCCACUAUUGAACCUGACAUGGUCCUGCCGCGGUCGCAAGCAACAGUGACGCUGCCUACAUGGGAGCCAAAGGAAGGUCAGAAAGUUGUGGAUCUAAAAUGGAAUGAAGUAGAGAUAAUCCCUGAUGUGGCUUGUGGCAAUGCUAGCUCCAAUAAUUCUGGUGGGGGACGCCUAAUCUCUUUUGAAGUUCCACAGAAUACAUCUAUAAACAUAAGACAAGAUGCCACAGCUUCCCUUAUCUUGUUAUGGAAGGUCACAACAGAAAGAUUCAAGCAGUGCUCGCUUAUAGAUGCCACAAGUGUCACUCUUCUGCAAGCAAUGGGCGGACUCGUCCUGACAGAGGAAAUGCUUGUGUUAGGAAACAACUAUUUCAUUGGUUUUGUGAAUGAUUCCGUCGCCAAAUGCAUUGUGGCUUUACGCUUGACUGUGAUAGUAAAAGUCAGCACAUGCUUGGCAGGAGAAAGCCCGUCAGAUGACCUUCCGUGUUCAGGGAAAGGAAAAUGUAUCACAAGAGCUUCUGAGGAAACUUUUUUCUGUGACUGUGAAAGUCAGUAUUUGGGUGGUCUCUGUGAAGAAUUUGAUGCGUGUCAAAGCAAUCCGUGUCAGAACAAUGGAACCUGUGUGGACAUCAGAGAAAAGCAUGAUGGAAGCAAUUUCACCUGUACUUGCCCUACUGGAUAUACUGGAGUCCUGUGUCAGUCAGAAAUUGACUACUGCAGUCAACAGCCAUGUCAAAAUGGAGGUACCUGCAUUUCUAAUGUUGGCGGAUUCAGCUGCCAGUGUCCGGAAGGGUACCUGGGAACAUCUUGUGAGGAAAAAGUAGAUGCCUGUGCUUCAUUUCCUUGCAAAAACAAUGGGACCUGUUACACAGACCGGCUUUCCUAUUCUUGCAGUUGUAGCCCAGGAUUUACAGGACCUACCUGUGCCCAGCUGAUUGACUUCUGCGCUCUCAAUCCUUGUGCCCAUGGCAUCUGCCGCAGUGUCGGAACAAGUUACAAAUGUCUCUGUAUCCCAGGUUACCACGGACUCUAUUGUGAGGAGGAAUAUAAUGAGUGCCUUUCAGCCCCCUGUCAGAAUGGAGCUACCUGCAGAGACCUUGUCAAUAGCUACGACUGUGUAUGUCUUGCUGAAUAUGAAGGAAGACACUGUGAAUUAUACAAAGAUCCUUGUGUUAACAUCAGCUGCCAGAAUGGUGGUACUUGUGACAGUGAAGGGCUAAAUGCUACGUGUAUCUGUGCACCUGGAUUUACAGGUGAAGAGUGUGACAUUAAUAUAAAUGACUGUGAGAGUAACCCCUGUCAUCAUGGUGGAAUGUGCAUAGACCAACCCAAUGGGUAUACUUGCCAUUGUCCACGUGGAUGGGUUGGGGCAAAUUGCGAAAUACAUUUACAGUGGAAGUCUGGUCACAUGGCAGAGAGCCUGACAAACAUGCCACGGCACUCUCUCUACAUCAUAAUCGGAGCCCUAUGUGUUGCGUUUGUCCUGAUGCUGAUCAUCCUAAUUGUGGGGAUUUGUCGCAUCAGCCGGAUUGAAUAUCAAGGCUCAUCCAGGCCAGCGUACGAGGAAUUCUACAAUUGCAGGAGCAUUGACAGUGAAUUCAGCAGUGCUAUUGCCUCCAUCAGGCAUGCCAGGUUUGGAAAGAAAUCUCGACCUGCGAUGUAUGAUGCAACUCCAAUUGCUUAUGAAGACUACAGUCCUGACGACAAACCCUUGGUCACACUGAUUAAAACAAAAGAUUUGUAAUCUACUUCAGGUCUUUUCUUCUUUUUUGGAUUAUUUUUCAAAAGGAUGGGCUACCGAAUUAAUUCAAAUAUUUUUAAGACGAAGAAAGUGUAAGAAAUUUAAAAUGUUUAGCGGCUCCAGAAUUUUCUGUAGAUUAUUUAAGAACAAGUUUUCUGCAGCUUUUAGUUGGGGAAAAAUAUUUUAAAACUGAAUUUGUGAAGUUCAUGGUUUUCCUUUUAAUGUACUUUCAGCUUUAGAAAACUCUAAUCUUAACAAUAGUGUGUGUUUUUACCAAACUCAGAUGAUGAACCUCUGUGGUUAUUACAGACAGAAUGCAAUAUGUUAAGCAAUGACAUAACAGUGCCAGCAUUCUCAGUAGACUUAGGAAAAAUGUAAAACUUGAUAUAUCCAUUACUGGAAAAAAAUGAAGUCUAAAAUGUUUGUGUUUGUGAAAAGGAAUCUAGUAAAAAAUAUUAUUCUUAAACUGAAUGAAUUAGCUUUCUCCCUGUUUUGUGCAUGGAUAACUAACCUAUUUCUGCAUUAUGUUCCUGAAACUUUUGCUGAAACAUUCUCUUGAGUUGAUGUUUGUCAUUUUUUUGUAAUAGUAUUCAAGGUAAGCUUUGUAAAAACGAUCAAUUGAAGUGCCUAUUAAGGCAAACAAAGGAUUGAUCCUGCUGCCUUUGAAGUGAGCGGAUGAUAUAAUUUCCAUUGAUUUCACAGUGUUCAGGAUCAGGCCUUUAUAUUGGAUCUAUAUUUUUCUUUAAAAAGUCAAGUUUUUUAUAGUGCGAGUAAGCAAACCCUAAUUUGAACUGUUUGUCUCUCAAAUGUUGUUACUGUACAGUAUUAUUUUUGUUUCAAUAUUGUGCAUUUCACAUAGUGUAUCUUAUUUAUACGUGUGCGUGUUUUUGUGGCUCUAUUUGAUUGCUGAUGUGCUACAAAAUUCUUGCUUAUUUUGAAGAAUAUUGAAUAAAUGUGAUCAAUUCAAGGUG